CCUAGAAAUAACCUGAUUGUGGUUUCAUCGAAGUGUAGCAAUACAAUAAAAAAAAUUCAGUGCUGUAUCAGUGUGUGUGCGUUGAGCCGCCCGGUACACGACUCGAGUCAGUCAUAGCUGUCGAGCUAAGCCGUCUGUACGUUCUGUGCGUCCGUUUCGGUAGGCAAAUAAGCCCUAAAGUUUCUACGAAUAAUCAAAGCCCGACACACAUAAUUUUCUAAAUUAAUUGAGAGUGACUUUGUUGCAAAGUCGCCAUACAACAGACAAGUGAAUUGACUGAGGCAUUGCGUGAGGUGGCGUGAGUACCGAGAACGCAUUACAGUCGCCACUUUCUUUGAUUUUUUUUCUCCUAUUGACACGUAUUUGAUGACAAGACGGUUUCAGUGAACUCAGUGUGCCAGAAUGUCGAAUCCUACUUUCAAAAAUUAUAAGUACCUACUCGUCCAUUUUAUUGAGGAAGGAGCUACUUUGGACAUUGCGGUAAUCCUUGGGUCAAAUAUGACGAGAAGAAAAAACAAUUCUUGAGUUUGUUUCACGGUGGUGAUGAAUCCGAGCUGACAGAAUCAUUAUUGAGAACCUAUAAUGCUCCUCCCAAAAGACGGAAAUAUUAUCCGGUCGACCUGAGAGGGGGUGCAGACACAUAUGAUAUUGCAUUGGAACGACUACAGAACUUCUCAGAUCACGAGUACAGUCAACACAAAAGUGAAGGACUGAAAAAAAUGAUUAGAUUAAGAAAGACGAAUCACAAUCAUUAUGAGAUCAAAGACCUCUUUUCUCAGGCAGGUGGACCUCUAGAUGAUAAGGAUGAUGAUAGGAUUUCGAUAGAAGUCGAUGAGUCUUCGGAUACAGGAGAUAAAGAAAACGUGAAAAAGCAGAGAAAUAAACGUUCUGACGGAGAAAGAAAACGCAAGCAAAUUGUCGCCGAUUCCUCUCCGGAAAUGGGAAACGAAAUGGAGAUUGAAAAGUCAUCGAAACUUCGUGAGGAACGAAGGAAAGUUGUCUCCGAUUCUUCACCCGAAGAAUUUGUCAAACACCAAGGCAGCACUGAAAUUGAUAAAGAAAUGGAAAUUGCAAGGUCUAAAUCAUCGACCAGUCAAAAGACAAAAACUCAAGGACUUUUGACAGCCUCCUCCGCUUCAAAUAUCACAAAUUCAGAGGAAUUAAAGAAAGAAACCAGCAAAAAGAAGAUUCCAGAGUAUAAAGAUGCAGAACUGUUGCAAGGCUUGGGUGGUACCAUCAAUAAUUGUCGUUCCUGGAAGAAUAACAACGAGGACCACAAUGACAAUAAUGGCAGAGAUGAGGAGGCAGCUGGAGGAAAUGUUGUGGAAGAUGGUGCACAAAAUGCAGACGACUGAAUGGACACUAAAAAAUAUGACUUAAAAACAUGUGAUAAGGAGAAAUCCUUCGAUACUCAACAGCAAAAUAGAAUAAAUGAGAAAAGCGGGAUAUAACGUGACCAAAAGUUGUUGCAAUCAAUGAGCAAAAGAGUCAAUAUAAACCCCAAGAUGCAGAUCUUCAAACAGUCCACUGCAUUCAGCAUAAUAUUGACUUUCUUUGCAGCGGAUAAAUCAAUAUUUUCUCAUUUUUAACCCCUUAGUCAUAACGGAUCCUUAUCAAUCUACAUCGGUAUACAUAAUUUACCUCUCUGGAACAGAAGACGAUGAUAUUGCAAAUAAUAGCUCUAAGGUAAGAGAAUAUUUAACAGGUACUACAAUUGGAGAAGAGCGGUUGCUAUGAUCGCUCUAUAUACUCCCCACAAAAAAAGCUUCUUGACAAAAUGUUGUAAACCCAUUUAUUUACAAGAUAUUUAUCAAACAGCAUUUUUUAGUAGAACAAUUCCGAAAAUCACGGGCAUCCCCCUUGGCAUUCUGGAGAUAAUUGUUUAAAUGUUAAUUAUCUCAUGAUGCAACAAGCCUACAGUAUUUUGUCAAAAGACCUUUUUCAUUGUAAAUUUAAUUUAUAGGAAAAUGUCUGAUGAGGAAAUUG